AUGUCUGAAGAGAUCGCUGAGCUGUACGAACAGCUGUUCGGCAAAGAGCUUGUUGAACCAACCUCGGAGCAGGAUGUCAGAGAUAUUCUCAGCUGUAUCAGAACGUCACACGGUCAAAUCUAUCAAGCGGACGAGGACGAACUGCAAAAGUCGUCCCCAAUGCUAAGAACAAAGGUCAAGUUAAUCGCCAGCGCAGCGCGCAAACUCUGGCUGGAUUUACCACCGCGUAGAAUGUCCAGUCAGCUUUACGACGAUUCCUUUCGCUUCUUCUUCGAAGUGAUUCAGAAUGCGGACGAUGCCAUAUUCGAACCUUGGGUCAUCCCUACUAUCCAAUUUCGAGUCUUUCCGUCAGAAAUAAUCGCGGAGGUGAACGAAAAAGGAUAUCUUAGCAAAUGUGCUUUCAAUCUGUCAUACCGGUCAAAGUUCCAAAAUUGA